AUGAUACCAUCUACUCAUUUGCCCCAUCCUCGGAACUAUAAGUCCGUGGAGACUAUUUUUUUUCAUCAUCACCAAUUUCAAAGUCUCAAAAAACAAGCUGGAUGUUCGGCCUCUGCAAUUAUACGACUCGCCUGCGCGAUAUCUUUGCAGGCCUUUUGGCCUGCCGACUCCGCUAGCUUGAUUUUCCAAGGCAGCGAUAUAGCCUGGGAACGUUGGAGUAAAGACCUUUCACGAAGCGAAAGGGUUGUGACACUCCUACAGCAUGACAGUAUCAAACCCUCACAGUCGGAGGAGGAAACUAUAUUCCGACACGCUUUGUCGGUCAUUGAGCUUGAAGAUGAUCUUCACACGUUCUCAGCUAUUCCGUCUCUGGACAGCGUAAAAAUGAUUGAUUCAAACGUCGAGGUCCUAUUCACCGCCAGUUGGGACGCCUUCACGAAGGGAAUACUCUUGAAAUGCGAACACACAAUAUCUUGGUGCUCUGACUGGCAGGCUAAACGCGUUCUUUUCACAUUUCGUCAUGUUCUGGAGGGCAUUGUCGCACAACCUUACUCACAGCUAUCUGAAAUCGAGCUGUUGAACGAGCGUGACUAUCAGCAAUGCCUUGAUUGGAACCAGUCUGUACCUGAGCAUUUCGACACAUGCGUGAACCAGUGGAUCGAAAAACACGUCCAUGAACAGCCCCUGAGCCCGGCGAUCGAGGCUUGGGACGGGAAAAUGUCAUACGCUGAGUUAGGGGAGGCUUCAGACAAGGUUGCCCAUGAGCUUUUCCAACAGGGUGUUGGUCCCGAGUCCACUGUUGCCCUCUUCUUCGAAAAAAGCAUCUGGAAUACGGUUGCCACUGUGGCAGUACUCAAAGCUUCCGGCGCGUUUGUUCCCCUGGACCCUUCUCAGCCCACCAGUCGCAUUUCUUACAUUUUGGAUCAAGUAAGACCGAAGUUGAUACUUUGUUCAACAGAGCACAAGAAACGGUUGCUCGAGAUUUCGCAAAACGUGGUUGCCUUGGACGAGGCAUGGAUUCGGUCAACCGCUUCUUCAUUACUUCCGCACCCGUGCUCACCGCGACCUUGGAACUUGGCCUACAUCAUGUUCACCUCCGGAAGCACAGGUGAACCCAAGGGAGUGAUGAUAGAUCACUCUGCCUGCGCAGCCGCCGUAUCAUGCCACGGAAACGCCACCGGCUUCAGCCGGAAUACCAGAACUCUUCAGUAUGCUCGCCAUACAUUCGAUGCAUCCAUUGCGGAGAUUCUUACUACACUCGCUUUUGGCGGAUGUGUGGUGGUGCCUUCUGCAGAUGAAAAACUGAACAACAUCGCAGCCGUCAUACAAGAGAAGAAAGUGAACUGGGCUUUCUUCACACCUUCUGUGAUUCGACUACUUGAACCGUUCGAAGUUCCUGGUUUGACGACUGUUCUCCUUGGCGGGGAAGCCAUUGGUCAAGACAACAUCGAGAAAUGGGCCUCUGGGCGCAAACUUGUUGCUGCCUAUGGUCCUACUGAGAACACCGUCUUUUCAACCAUGCACCCACUACAUCUCUCCGCAAAGGCAGGUGUUAUUGGACGCGGCGUCGGGACUCGCUGCUGGAUUGCCGAUCCAGAAGAUCCCAGUCGUCUUUCUCCUAUCGGGGCACCUGGAGAGCUUCUUCUCGAAAGCCCACAGCUUGCAAGGGGCUACUUGAACUACGCAGAGAACGAAGGGCCAAACAGAGAUUUCAUUCGCAAUUCCCCUAGCCUAAACAAGCAUGGUCGACGAUCCAAGCUUUAUCGGACUGGUGACAUUUGCCGCUUCGACCAGAACGGUGUCAUACAUUUCGAAGGACGAAAAGACAAUCAACUCAAAAUAUCCGGUCAGCGUUUGGAGGCAUCCGAGGUCGAAUACCAUUUGAGAGCUGCAUUCAACACCAAAGACGUUGUUGUCGAUGUGCUCGCUAGACCGAGCCAUGGGAACAAGCCUCCGUCAAAAGUUCUUGUUGCCUUCGUUUGCAUCGAAAAAUGCCCCAGGAAAGAAAUCUCUCAUUCUUCCUGUAUCAUGUCUCAUCAGUACAAACCACUCACGGACGCAGUCUCCAGAGUCGAAGAUGAGAUCUCUCGAACGCUUCCAUCAUGGAUGCAUCCUUCGAUCUUCAUCCCUCUCUACUACUUGCCUCUGAGCCCCAAUGGUAAAGCAGAUGUCAAGAGAUUACGUCAGGAAUUCGCAGCUCUUACGUCUGAUCAACUCUACUCGGUCGCCCAGACUGAGAAGACCGCACAUGAAGAGGAGACAGAUAAGCUUCGAUUGAUGCGACAGCUCUGGGCAGAUGUGCUUGGUGUUCAGUCAACCGCGAUCCCUACUACGGCCAAUUUCUUCCGGCUAGGAGGGGAUUCGCUUGCAGCUAUUGGCCUGGUCACUGCUGCACGGAGGAAGGGCCUGCAAUUGACUGUAGCCCAGAUCUUCAAAACGCCUGUUUUGCAUGAUCUUUCCCAUCUUCCAACCGUGAGCAAAAGAGCUGCACUCAGAGCUCAACCGCUGGAACUACUCAGCGACAACUCGAGCUAUUCAGAAACCCUUAAAGAGAUUGCCGAAGAAUGCUCUAUUUCUGUCGAGGACAUCGAAGAUGCCUUUCCCUGUACUCCGCUGCAAGAAGGGCUGAUGGCUCUAUCAACCUCGACAUCCAACUCUUACCUGGUGCAGUACGUCAUACAAAUUCCUGUGGAAAUUGAUGUCGCAAGAUUGAAGAGGGCAUGGGAGUCAGUGGCUCAAGUUCAUGGCAUUCUCCGUACUCGACUAGUCGACACACUUUCUUCUGGCAUCCUUCAAGUUGUCAUCCAAGAGAACUUGGCCUGGAAUGAGAGUUUCAACCUGCAAGAAUACCUCGAAAUGGAUUUAAGACAACCCUCCAAUUUUGGGGCACAACUGAAUCGCUUCGGUAUCAUCUACGCCGAGAAUGGCAACGCCUCUUCCAUGGUCUGGACAGUUCACCAUGCCGUGACUGAUGGCCACGCCGUUGGUCUCACUUUGCAGGCAGUCCGAGCUGCAUUUCACGGAGCUCUAAAGACCGUUGAGGUCUCAUUCUCCACGUUCAUCAAAUACUUCAAGACUAUGCAUGCAGAAUCGUCUUCCAGGUACUGGAGCUCGGUAUUUGAAGGAGGAGAGUUCACUUCGUUUCCACCGAAGCCACUAUUGACUGCAAGGACUUCGGAAAUCACCACUUCUGCCUUCGCUUGCCGAAGCGUGCCGCACCCAUCACCAAGCACCGGAGUUACAGUCACAACUAUACUUCGUGCAGCUUGGGCACUUGUAAUAGCACAGUUCAGUGGAUCUGAAGAUGUCGUUUUCGGUAUCACCACCUCUGGGAGGAAUGCUGCCUUAGACAGCAUUGAGACUGUCGUCGGCCCAACCAUUGCGACUGUGCCUUUGAGAGUCAAAUGCAAUGGUAAGACGCCUAUCCAUGAGUUUCUGGAGGAAAUCCAGAUGAGCACCAUCAGCAUGAUUCCUUACGAGCAAAUGGGCAUACAGAAUAUUUCCCGUAUCGAUGCUGCAUGUCGGGCAGCCUGCGAUUUCCAAAGCAUGAUGAUCGUCCAGCCAGAGGUCGACAUGGCUAUGAACGGUAGUCCUUUCGUCAAGUGUGACAGGCCCCAAGAUCUUGAUAAAUUCAGAUCACAUGCCGUCAUGCUUGAGUGCAACCUUGGACGACAAACCGUGUCUCUCAAUGUCAACUACGAUACUCAAUAUCUUGAACCAGUCCAAAUGGAGCGCUUACUUGAUUACUUCGAGAGGGCUUUGGACUUUCUGGUGUCCACUGGAAGCCAAUGCAUCGAAACUUUAUUCAACCAGCCAACGGCCCGGGACCUUGCUGAUAUUCGAGAAUGGAACAACAAGAUUCCUCAAACCGUCGAUUCCUGCGUCCAUCACGUGUUCCAAGAACAUUGCCACUCUCAUCCAGACGACCAGGCUGUAUUUGCUUGGGACGGUGUUCUUUCCUUCUCUGAGCUGGAUAUCAUGGCUUCGCGGCUGGCUCGAGUCCUCGUAGAACUACAUGUUGGACCAGAGACGAAAGUUGCGUACUGUUUCGAAAAGUCCAUGUAUACGGUGGUCUCGAUGCUCGCCAUCCUUAAAGCUGGCGGUACUAUGGUCCCACUCGAUCCGGCCCAUCCUCCCGAGCGCAAAGCUUUCAUCAUACAAAACAUCGUUGCGAAUGUUGUGAUUGCUUCCGCUGCAAACGCAAACAUGUUCGCGAGUCUGGUUACGCAUGUUGUUAUUGCCGAUUCAAAUCUGUUCAUCCGGCUGGAAGAACUCGAAGUCGCUCCAUUUUCAAGCACCGAUGUCCAGCCAUACAAUGCCGCCACUGUUCUUUUCACUUCUGGCAGCACCGGCGAGCCCAAAGGAGUUGUUCAGGAGCAUAAGACAUUGUGUUCGGCAGCAUAUGCACAUUCAGCUGCAAUGCAAAUGUUCCAAAGCUCUCGGAUCCUCCAGUUUUCUGCCCACGUUUUCGACGUCAGUAUUAUUGAGAUUGUCAACUCCCUGGUGCUUGGGGCAUGCAUCUGCAUUCCGUCUGAUGAGGAGCGAAUGAACGAUCUGGCUACAUUUAUCUUGCACUCUCAAGCAGAUUGGGCCUUUUUUACGCCGUCGUUCGCACGUACCUUAGAUCCUAGAGACCUUUCCAGCCUGAAGACUGUCUGCAUGGGCGGUGAAGCCAUGACACUCGACAAUAUCCAACGUUGGUCCGAUCAAGUCCAGCUCAUCAAUGCGUAUGGCCCUUGUGAAGGCAGCGUGUGCACAACUAGCAAUUUCAGCAAUGUACCCUCCAAAACAGAUUCGAUUGGUCACGGAGUCAAUUCUCUCAUCUGGAUCGUCAACCCAAACAACCAUGACAUACUGGUACCUAUCGGUAGUAUCGGCGAGAUACUCAUCGAGGGCCCAAACGUUGCUCGUUGCUACCUUGGUGACCAGGGUAAAACAGACAAGGCAUUUAUCGCGAACCCGGCAUGGAUCGCGCAAUUUGAAACCAAUAGUGCUGUCAGAAGGAUGUACAAAACUGGUGAUCUUGGCAUGCUGAAUUCUGACGGCACAAUAUCUUACCUCGGAAGAAAAGAUGCACAAAUCAAACUUCGUGGACAGAGAAUCGAGCCUGGGGAAGUGGAAAACCAACUCGCAAAGUUGCUGCCCUCAGACUCCACCGUUGUCGUUGACGCCUUCUUAUUGUCGAACAAUUCAACAAAGUCUCUGGUUGCGUUCGUCCAACUUGAUAAUCAAGCAUACGGCUUCGCCGAGAAGAAGGACAUUGUUAACAAACUUUCUGACCGUCUCAAGCUGCAACUUGCCUCGGUUCUUCCCGCUUACAUGGUCCCGUCCCACAUAACUGCCGUCGAAAUGAUUCCUUUCACCUCAACGGGCAAGCUUGAUCGACGUGCACUUGGCCAGUAUGCCUCGUCACUAUGUAUUAAUACCAAAACACCGGAGACUCAGUUCAUCGACAGAAAUUUUGGUGCGACUGAUAUCUUGCGAGCUGAUGAGCAAAUUGCAGUGCGGAUUAGCGAUAAGCUCGCCAAUCUGCUUUCUGGAGGCGAUCAUCAGCAUGCGGAAUCCCUACGCGGUCACAACUUCAAUCCAUACCACGCUGGCAUGGACUCGAUCCAGGUUAUCUCGCUUGCGACAUUUGUUAGAAAGACCUACAAUGUCAGCUUACCGAUCCAGAAGUUCAUGGAUAGUGCAACAACCGUUCGAGACAUUGCUCAAUUAAUCAUCAACGAUCAAGACAUGUCUUCUCAAGAUGGGGAACUCGACUUGCUUCGCGAUAUAGAACUGCAUGAUCGGAACCUCGCAGCCCUUCCACUACCAAGAGCAGAAGGGCAAAGUUUCAGUCCUGUCGAAGUCAUCUUGCUGACGGGAGCAACCGGAUUUCUUGGAAACCAACUGCUGGCGCAGAUUUUGGGACGAUCGAAGACUCGCAAGGUGGUGGCUCUAGUUAGAGGCCAAAGCUUUGCUCAUGCGGCUGAGAGACUCAUGUCUCUUGCUCGCAGCAGCACUUGGUGGCUGGAAGAUUAUUCCGAGCGUAUCGAGGUUUGGCAUGGAGACCUUUCAAUGCCACGCCUCGGUCUCGAAAACAGGCACUGGGCACGCCUCGACGGCACAAGCAUGGAUGACGACUUGGUUGACGCGGUGGUCCACAAUGGAGCUGUUGUGAACUGGGUGGCAGACUACCAGGCAUUGACGCCAGCCAACGUACUCUCCACGGUCAAUAUCUUGACGGCAUUGACGCAAGCAACAGCAUCCCGGGCCGUCAGUUUGACGUACGUGUCUGGAGGCCACCUGUCAACUUCUCCAGACAACAUCUUGGAAAUAGCCAAAGAGCUCAAGUCGUACCCAGCAUACAGCCAGACGAAAUUUGUCGCUGAGAUCCUGGUUUCACGGUAUGCAGAGCGACUCGCCCGAGCUGGCUACGGGCCUCUUGUCAGCAUCGUGAAACCUGGAUUAAUCAUGGGCAGCUCCACUGAUGGCAUUUCUAACACUGACGAUUUUCUUUGGCGAGUUACAGCCAGUUCACUGGACAUUGGCCUGUACAACAAUGAUGAGCAUGGUUUCUGGCUUGCUGCAGCAGGGGUCGAUCUUGUGGCCAACAAAGUGUUGGAAAGCUGCUUUCAAUGUGGGUUAGGUGAAGCCACCCCCGUUGUCAAGAAGAUCCUCAACGGCAUGACUAUGGAAGAGUUCUGGGACAUCGUCAUUCAAGAAACAAACAACCUUGCAGAACCGACCGACUCUAGUUCUUGGCGAGAUUCUCUUCAUAAGGAGGUUGAGUCACGAGGGUCCACGCACAAGCUGUGGCCGGUGCUGCACUUCCUUGAUGACUCGGGGGGCAACCUCGGGCAGCCUCUAGGCUCGAUGACGAUGGAAGACCAACUCGAGCAACAGGAUUCGGUGAAGAAGGCUCUGAGGCAGAGUCUGAAUUAUCUGGUCGCCAUUGGAUACAUUAAGUCUAGCAGGACAAGUAGCGUGGACGGCGACAGCUCGAGCGGGCCUACGCUAUUGUCCCCUAGUGCACAGAUGUUCGCAAGGACGCCAACCACACCAGUCUGGAACAAGGCAGCGGCGGAUUCGAAGAGACUGGGGUACGCUCACAACGAUACAAAGUCACAGGCUUCCAUACCGCUGACAGUUACGCCUUUGCGGACACCAAGUCCUUCAGUCAACAUUACAAAAGUUGCGUGA